CCAGACGUGCCUGGAGUCACAGGGUAAAACGCGUCGCUCCCCUCCACCCCCUCGCUCACAUUUAACCCAGCCUGCAGCCUUCCAAUUACUCCUCAGCUCGCCGGCGCAAGGGCACCCCUUUCCAGCCGCCACUCGAGCGCCGCUAAAUAGCCGGGGUGGACAUGAGCAGUCGCCGCCACCGCUAACUUGACUUAGCUCAGCUCAGCCCUCGGCAUCCCCCGCUCGCGCCCGGGUCCUGCUACUGGGCGGGAGGCGAUCCCGGUCUCUCAUUGGCUUCGCCUUGAGUGGAAGGGCUGUUCCGGCCGGCCAGGUGCCAAGCGAGCCUUCGCAGAAGCCGAAACCCCAUGGAAAGGAUCACCAGCGCUCAGCCUCCUCCCGCUUGUCUGGGCAAGCUGGCUGCACUAGAGAACAGUGACAUGUCCGGGUUGGACUUUGCUCACAUGUAUCAAGUUUACAAGCCCAGAAGAGGGUUAAAAAGAGGGGACGACAGUAAGGAGACCUAUAAGUUGCCUCACAGGCUGAUUGAGAAGAAAAGGCGUGAUAGGAUUAAUGAAUGCAUUGCCCAGCUGAAAGAUCUUUUACCAGAACAUCUCAAACUUACAACUUUAGGACACUUAGAAAAAGCUGUCGUUCUUGAACUUACCUUGAAACAUGUCAAAGCAUUAACCAGUCUCAUUGAACAGCAGCAACAGCAGAUCAUAGCUCUCCAGAAAGGCUUACAUGCUGAUGAGCUGCCACCACGGAGUCUUGAAUCUAGCCAAGAGAUAUUUCGGUCCGGGUUCCAGAUGUGUGCCAAAGAAGUGUUGCAAUACCUGGCCAAGCACGAAAACACCAAGGAACUGAAAUCCUCUCAGUUCAUGACCCACCUGCACAGAAUGGCAGAAGCCCUGCAGAGUGGAAUCAGCCGAAAGCCUGGAGACGCCACCCCAAAACUUACAGAGAAACCUGCCUCUCUGACCAAAGCUGCUGAGGCACAUGGGAAAAACUGUGUGCCUGUGAUCCAGAGAACUUUUGCCCACUCCAGUGGAGAGCAGAGUGGUAGCGACACAGACACAGACAGUGGAUAUGGGGGUGAACUAGAAAAAAGUGACUCUAAAUCUGAUCCACAGUAUUUUAAAAAGGACAUGGAGCUUAAGUAUGCUGCCCAAGAGAGAAUCAGUUCUAUUAAACAAGAAAAUGAGGAUCCACCAGCAAAACGGACCAGGAUGGACAUGUCAGAGGAUGAAGACCAUUUUAAUAAUAAUGUGCUUGGCAGUUCCCCAAACAGCUUCUUAGGUCCGCACCCCCACCAGCCUCCCCUAUGUUUGCCUUUUUAUGUUUUCCCUCCCUCAGCAACAGCCUACCUGCCUAUGUUGGAGAAGUGUUGGUAUCCGGCCUCUGUGCCGAUCUUGUAUCCAAGCCUCCCAACAUCUACUGCAGCACUUUCAGGGUUAAUGAACCCAGAGAAAAUGUCUUCUCCUUUGCUAUUGCCUCAUCGACUCCCUUCGCCUAUGCCAUCCCAUUCCCCCAUGGACUCUACUGCUCUGCUUCAAGCUUUGAAGCAGAUGUCUCCUUUGGAUCUGGAAACCAAAGACUAAACAAGGAGAGCCUUUCUCUUGAGACCUUUUGUCCCAUUUGGUUGAGUUUGAAAUUAUUUUGGAUUUGUCCCCAUUCUAAACAGUCUGAAUUAAAGGGGGGGGGAUAUCAUAUAUGUGUACGGAAGCCCAAGUCCUAGAAAAGAUUUCAAAAAUGCACCCCAGUUAGUUAUAAAGAGGAGAGGUGUGUGUGACUGUUAUAUUAAAAUAGUGUUUAAAUACACUUUUAACUUUCAGCUAUCUGAGAAACAACUUAAAUCAGCUAGGAUUAUACUUUGAAGCUGUGAAAGAAAACGAAAAGAUUAAACAGACUUAGAGAAUGUGCAGAAAGAACAAUGUGGUAUGUCUGAUGAGGACUUUUCAGGUAAUGAUCUAGAGAGUCAAAAAAUCAGAAUUGGAUACAGUGGCUUCCCUAGCCUACAGUGCCACUAAUGUCUGAGAUCUGUAACUUAACAUCCAGAUUCACACACGUCUGUUAUUUCAUUGCUAUGAAUCCUAGUAGCAGUUAUUGGCUAGUAAAGCACAGUAAGUGGUUCAGGGAGAUUCUGAGACUAGUUUCUUGCCCAUUUUUGCUGAAUAUAGUCCCUCCCCCCCAUUUAAAUGCUGUCUGGAAGUUUUGUAUAGCUUGAGCUGUUAGAUGGGUACUGCUGUGGGGCGGCCGUUUUGAAAAAAUAGUCCAUAUACCCCCUUUUCCUUAUAGUAGACAUUGUUUCUCCUAAUUGCUGGACAAGACUCUCUGGGAUAUUCACUAGGAAAGGACAAUGUCUACCCCGAUAGUUAGAUACUGAUCCACCUCUGACUAGCAUAAAGUGUCAUCAGGCUGCUACUUUGACAUGGGAAUGGAUGCUACUCUGGAUCCAAGUCUGUUGUGAGGUAUUAGUAGUAUUGUCUACUCUGUUCUCAGUUUUUCCCCAGGUGGUGUCCUACCUGAAAAUAAUCAAAUCUAUUUUCUGUUCUAAAGUGGUUUCAUAUCGAUAGCUGAACAUAUAAUUUCAUUCUUAAAACACCAAUGGAAACUGGUAUCUAAAUCAACAACAUAAAAUAUGUUAUAAUUUGACACAACAGAGGCCUUACUUGGAAUAUUUUGAGAUAACUGGUGGUAGCCCCUCACAUGACCAGUUUUGCAAAUCCAGAGCCAUUUCAAAUCUCCCCUUUCAGCAUCUUCCUAAACCUGCAGAGAUCUGGGUGUAGCAUUUAAUAAUAGAACCGGAGACAAUGUUCUCAGUUGUAGCAUAAACUGGACAAGGGGGAGCGGAGAUGAGAGGGUGUGUGUGCAUCAUAUUUCUCCACCCACACUCAUUCAAUUGGGGUGGUACAGAAAUUCUCUUGCAAAACUAAAGGAAUUUCUGGCUAGGGCCAUGUGGGUUGGAGGAAUCCUUCGCCCUGCAUAUGUUGAGUGAAGCAUUUUUAAAAAGAGAAUCUCCUGCUAAGGCUGACUCUUGAAAGUGGAUUAGCAUUUGUAAGAACUGGAUGAGCAAUAUUCUCUCGGUAAGGAGAAAGACUCUCUUCCUUACGUGGUAUUGAAAGCAUGUGGGAUUUUAGGACAGACCAGAUGUGAUAUUCUGGGGCUUCCUCUUGUAGUUUAAGAACCACAGCCACUCCCAGGGAUGAAUUGUGAGUCAUGGGCUGUGCUCUUUGCCUACUGCUUGCCAUAUUGGUUGCUGGAGCAUGACAGUGGAAGAGAGAUGUCUGCCUUUCUCUGGGAGAUGGACAGUGGAGCAACACAGCACAAUAUAAAAAAGUGUCAGCCUGUAAAUUGACCCUAGAUGGAACACAUCCUGCAGGGGUGAAAAAUCCACCAUAAUUUGUUUUGAGAAAUGCAGAAAGCCAUACCGUCCUAUGAUUUCCCCUUACAUUAUUGCACCAACUGCUAAAAUGCACUAUGCUCAAUUACAGGUUGUGUUAGACCAUUUAUAUUUUAUUGUUGGUUUGAAAAACCACAUUUUUUUUGUACACAGUUGUUGCCUUUCUUUGUAAAAUCUAUUAUAAAUGUGUACAUAUACAUAUUAUAUGUUUCAGAAGUCUAUUAUUUGUAAAACUACUUGAGUACAAAGAAAGUGGGAAAUAUGAAUGUAUUCCUGUUUUUCUUUUUAAGGAGGGGAAUGCCUUGUUCUUCCACUAGGGAGAAAUAGAGUGUUUAUAUUUUUGGAACCUUCUUGAAGGUGGGUAUAGUGUAAAUAUUUUUAUCAGAGUAAAAGUUAAGUAGUUGUUUAAAAAAUACUUAAUAAAAUUAUUUUCCUGUGGAA